UUCACGUACCAACUACUAUAUUUAAAUAUACUGUAUAAGAUGACGAGUCUUCUCCGCGGUUUUAUUUUGAGUGUCGUGAUUAGCUUACUACAGUCUCAGAGGCAACUACCGUUAAAUUGGUAUCACAGACUUUAUGGUAACAAUGGAUUAAAAUUGACCAAUAUAAUCGACCUGUUAAAUAAUAAAAAAAUGGAUUUUUUGAAGCAAAGUCAACGUUUUCGAAGUCAAGAAAUGUCGGAUAUGACACCACAAUACAAUGAAACAUUCGAUUUCAUAGUAAUUGGUGCUGGUACGGCCGGCGCUACAAUAGCGACAAGGCUAAGCGAAAUUCCUGAAAUCAAAAUAUUAUUGAUUGAAGCUGGCUUCCACGAAAGCUUUAUCAUGGGCAUGCCUAGUAUAAUACCCAUGCUAUCUUCGAACAGUGAUAUCAAUUGGAACUACACAACUAAGUCAUCUGACAAAUACUGUCUUGGUAUGAAAGAUAACAGUUGCACUUUGCCGGCGGGAAAAAUAAUCGGCGGCACUAGCGUGCUAAAUUAUAUGCUAGCCACUAGAGGCAAUGCUGAAGACUAUGAUCGUUGGGCUGAAAUGGGGAAUAAAGGUUGGGCAUACAAGGAUAUUCUUGAGUACUUUAAAAAGCUGGAAACAACGAAUUUGAAGUCGGAUAUUGCCUAUCAUAAUACUAACGGACCAGUACAUAUCAAUUAUUUGCCACCUACCCCGUUGGCACAGGCUUUUGUAACAGCUGGCAAGGAACUAGGAUAUUCAUCAGUAGAUUUCAACGGAAAAGAUCAAAUAGGAUUCUCAUAUCUGCAGUACACAAUGAAGGACGGUACUCGUAUGAGUAGCAAUAGGGCGUACUUGCAUCCCAUACGCAAUCGCAAGAAUCUUCAUGUAACUUAUCAAAGCACAGUGGCAAAAGUGCUGAUCGAUUCUAACACAAAGCGUUCAGUCGGCGUGGAGUUUACUAAAAAUGGUCAAAUUAUCCGUGUAUUUGCGAGUAAAGAGGUUAUUCUGUCUGCAGGUGCAAUCAAGUCGCCUCAGUUGUUGAUGUUAUCAGGUAUUGGACCAGAAAAACAUCUUACCGAACUCGGGAUAAACGUCAUUCAAAAUGCGCCAGUCGGUAAAAACCUCAUGGAUCAUGCAGCCUUCUUAGGAUUGACAUGGAAAUCAAAUUCAAUGAAUUCACAAUUCAAUUCUAUUAAACCACACAUAACGAAUUCUCUUACAAAGUGGAGAAAACCGUUAACAAGUAGAGUCGAAGCCGUUGGUUUUAUCAAUACAGAACAACCAGAAAAGCGUAACGGUUUACCGAACAUCGAAUUAUUAUUUGCUAGUGGUCCAAUAAUAGAAGAUCUAAUUCUUUCAAGAAUAUUAAAUCUUAAAAACUCAUUACGUCAACAAUGGAAACAUAGUGACGGGCAUGACUGGUUCGUUGGACCAAUAUUAUUAAAACCAAAAAGUCGUGGUCGCAUAACGUUAUUAGCUAAUGACAUUAAUGUCAAGCCAGAUAUCGUACUAAAUUAUUUCGAUAAUCCUGAUGAUGUCAAAACUAUGCUCGCGGGUAUUAGAGCUGCAUUAAGUAUUGGUUAUACAAAGACGAUGAAGACAUUCAAUUCUAAAUUGUCAAAUAUUACUUAUACUGAAUGUAAUGACUACGAAUAUGACUCUGAUGCUUAUUGGAAAUGUGCGAUGAGGAUAAUGACUUCCACGGUGUUCCAUUAUUCAGGAACUUGUAAAAUGGGAGCAAAAGGAGAUCCAACUGCUGUCGUCGAUCCUGAAUUAAAGGUGAUUGGUAUUCAAGGGUUACGAGUGGCAGAUGCAUCCAUCAUGCCUGAAAUUGUAUCGGCACAUCCAAAUAUACCUAUUUAUAUGAUCGCUGAAAAAGCUGCGGAUACGAUCAAAGAAAAAUGGGGAUAUUUGAAGAAAUCGAACUAGAUAUUUCUUGCGAAGUCAUUGCACGUUAUUUAAGCUAUGUCCUACCAAUGUAAACUUAAUUUUAAUU